AUGUCCUCCUUGAGUAGAAGAAUGUUGAAUAUUUUUUUUAUGAAGAUUGGUUGUUACUUAGUUUUUGUGAGCGAGAUAUUGGGUCAAGCUAGUGAAGAGUUGCAAAACGACAAGGCUUUCAUUAUGGAAGCCAUUGAAUGGAAUUACAAGUGUUACUAUUAUUUGAAGGAAAGAAUGAGAAAGGAUAGAGAUAUUGCCUUGUUAGUAGUCUCAAAGGAAGGAUACAUGUUGGAAGAUUCUGAUAUCAAGCACUGCUUUAGUGCAGAUAAGGAGGUUGUUAAAGCUGCUGUCAUGAGUUCACAUUCGGCAAUCAUGUUUGCCAGUUCAAAAUUGAAGGAAGAUCGUGAAUUUUUCAAGAAUGAUAUUCUGCCUUUUGAUCCUUCACUAUUUAGAUAUGCUCACUUACAAUUGAGAAGUGAUAUUACUUAUAUUUCAGAAUUAAUUGUCAACUUUCCGCAAUGUAUUCAGUAUGCUAUUAGUAAUAUUCAAGGAGAUAUUGAAUAUGUUUUGGAACUCAUCAAAAUUAAUCCACUAGUUGUAUUGUAUGCAAAUUGGAAGGAAUUAUCGACAGAAUAUGCUAUCAAGAAGAUUACACAACACGACCUUCCUGAUUCAGUAAUUAGCUCAAUCUAUGAAGAACUAGAUGACGAUUAUGCUCUUGAUAGUUUUAGGAUUGAAGGUUAUUGUUUACAAUUAGUUGACACUCCUUAUUCUUAUGAUACACCAUCCAAGUGUCACAUUUUUAUAAUGUGCUAUUCAAUAUCAAAUCCAGUAAUGAUGAAUAAGUGUUUGAAGGAUUUUUCUGAUAGAUUUCUUCCAGAAAUUCAACCAUUUUUGGAUUACAACAGAUCAGUAUUGGUCGUUGGAACAAAAUCUGAUAUUUGUGAUUAUUCAAAACCAGGAGAUUUUCAUUUGGGAAAAUAUUGGAAUAGUUAUUUGUGUAAAAAGUAUGAUUCGUAUGGAAAGAAACUAUCUCAGCGGAUGGGUGCUGUGAGCUAUGUGACAACAUCUUCAAGAGAGUUUGUUGGACUGGAAGAAUUGGAAGAUUUGAUUGUCAAGACGUUUAUCUAUUCGAAACUUAUCAAAGCUCCAGUUCUAAACAAAAAGGAAAAAUGCCUGUUGUGCUAA